AAUCCCAAAGUCUUUUAGCCCAAAAAACACAAUCAAAAUAGUUAGUUAGUUUGGUGAUACGAAUAAAUCCUCUCUACUGUCGUACCACUCGGUUUGGCAGAGCUCUCUGUUUGAAUCAAAGUUGUAGAGACACAUCAAUAGUUAUAGUGUUAUAGAAAGAAACACAGAGAGAAAGAGAAAGGGCCAUGGCGAAGUUAAAGGCAAUACUUGUAGUGGUUUCAGUAAUGGUGACCUUGGCAUGGAUACCCAUCUCCGAGUGUGCCAAGAAACCAGUGGCUGUGGCUAGAAAGGAAGACAUUCCGUACAUCAAAUGCCAGGUUUGUGAGAAGCUCGCUUCUCAGCUCUACAAACAAGUUCAGAACAAGCAAGCUCAAAUCUCUCCGAAGAAGAUCUCGGAGUACCAGAUAAUUGAGAUUGCUGAGAAUGUUUGUAAUUUGAAGAAGGCAGAAGCAGAUUGGAUUUUGCAGAUUGAUAUAGUUGAACAAGGUGAUAAAUUGAAGUUGGUUGAACAAAACACUGAAGGACAAUGCAAUUCAAAAUGCAAGACGAUUGAACGAACUUGUCAGGAGGUCAUGGGAUAUUCGGAUACUGACGUUGCUGAGUAUCUAUACAAGUCCCAGCCUAAGAUUGAUACAUUGGUUCAUUUUCUCUGCAAGGACCUCACUACAGCAUGUAGUACCAAACCUUCUCCGGUUCCUAAGGGUAGGACUCCUGGAGAACCUUUUGUGGCCAAAUCAGAAAAAGAGGCUGAAAUGGAAAAGAUUAUGAAAUCUAUGGAGGGUAUGCCAGGAGCUCCAGGCAUGAAAAUGUAUUCAAAGGAUGAUUUGUUGAAUAACAAUUUCGGUGAUGAAGAUGCUGAUGAUGACGAUGAGGAGGAUGACGACGAUGCACGCUUUCCCUCGAAAUUGGGAAAAGUCUUGAGAGAAAAAGAAAGCUCAAAGGAUGAUUGGAAAAAGAAGAUCACCAAAGAGAUCACUAAGACUGGUGAGACCUUAAAGAAACAUGCAAACAAGGUAUCAAACCACGUACGCCAGUGGUGGAGAAGAUUCAAAAAGCCUAGUCCAAAGAAGAGUUCCAAGGCAAAGAAGCAAGAGCUUUAGGGGCCACCCAAUUUUACAAAUGUAGGGUCUAUUAAGGUUAAUUACGUUUUUCCGCAACAUAUCAAUUUAGCUGUUAGAGAGUAAAAGUUUGAGAAGAAUUCGAAGCCUAUUUGUGAAUUUUGGUUACUUUUUCUCGUAGAAUAUUUUAUUUUUUAUAUUUGUAUUGUUGACACAAUGCAACAAUGAAUCCGAAGCAAGAGUGCGACUAUAAUUGCUGAAGUUA